CAGUCAUCAUUUUACGAAUGUUUUUACAAGGGGCUUGCGGCACCCUCCUGAUUUUUUUAUAAAUAUUUUUUUGCCAUGAAUGUCUCUAAUCAGAAUUUGGAUGAUAUGCGAAAUUAUUCCGUUCCGUUGGAUGACGAUGCGCAACCUGCAGUGGACCCUUAUGGUUUGCCGUAUUUCCAUGCGUGCUUGUUUGCAUCAGUGUUGGAAGAUACCAUUACUCAACAUCGGAUACUAAAGGAGUCCAACAACGAAAUGCGGCUAAGCAAAACAAUGGUAGACCUGAAACGUCUUCGCGCCCUCAAGUACAACGUGGAGCAGCCGGCUGUCACUGAUGAACUUGAGAACGUCAAUCCCAAGAAGCUGGAUUGUAUCGAAUAUAAGCUGAACAAAUUGGAGGCUGAUAGGAAUUACUUCGGGACCGUAUUGACGGAUACAUACUUGGGCCUGUCUCUGAACAAUAACUACUCUGCACUAGCAGAAUACGUCGCAUAUAUUGUGAACCGUAUAGAGCAGAAAUCACUCCUUAUUCAAGACGAAGCUAAGAAUAGAGCUCUACGUCGCGAUUUAAACAGACAGUAUAGGCAGCAGCGCAAUCACGUCAAAUCGGUCAUGUACGACACUGAUGUGGCUAUUGAACAUCUGAAGACACAGGUGGAAGAUGCAGCCUUAAAUGCAGAGAUCCGAAGUCGGUAUGUCCAAAAUUGGCAGAACGCGCGAACUGAACAGCACCACCAGGUUAUCCAUGACAAAGAGAUAGCACCCACAGAAGCCAUAGAGUACUACAAACAGAAGAGCGACCAUGAACAAAGAGUUCAUACAGAAGUGGAACUCCUUAUGACUAUUUCUGUUAAUGAAACGUUGCAGAAAGUUGAGGCUUGGAUGAAUAAAUACGACCAAGACAUGGAGGCAAUCGACCUCAGAAUUCAAAUUACGAAGAACAACCAUACCAAUGCUUAUGAAAAGAGAAUUAAUUUGGAAAAAACGAUACAAGACCAUGAUGAAUUAAUGAAGAAUUGGAUAAAUUUCAAAGAUGAACGUGAAAAAGCUCGUUUGUAUCGGGAGAAGAUGAACAACGCCGCUGUAAUCGUGCAGGCGUGGUGGCGUGGUCUGCUUGUGCGUAAUCAACUUGGACCUUAUAAGCCUUUACCCAAGAAAAAGGGCGCUCCCGCUGGAAAAAAGAAAAAUAAAUAAUUUGAGUUUUUUUUAUAUUGCUUGGCACAAAGUGCAUUUUCCAAGAAGACAAGAUUGAGAUAUUUGUAAUACCUAUAUAGAACUUAUUUAUGAUUUCAUAGAUUAUUUAUUAUUUUUAUUUAAUUUUGUGUUUGUAUCAUAGUAAUUUAUUUUUAAAGUUUAGGUUUUUUUUCGAUUUAAUUUGAU